AAAUGCUUGUACAAAAGUGUACAAUAGAAUCAGUUUAUAUAUGUACCACAUCACACUUCAGCUUGAAUUAGUUUACAUCUCGCAAUAUAAUAACAAUUUCCGUUAUAGUAAUAAGGUAGAAAUUUCUUAUUUCGUUUAUUUUGUAUCUUUUCACGUCUUCUUACCUGCCCGCAGAAAAUACAGUUCCGACAUAAGUAUGUAAACAAACAUUCUAUACUUUAACUAUUCAACGCAAAUCGAUAGCUCCUGUCGUAUCAUCUGUUUAUGGAUAACAUUAUCAGGAGUAAUGUUUUACUAACAAAUUAUGCACAUUUACGAACCUGUGCUUGCGCGUGAAUACGAGCGAACAACAGGCAUUGCCAUCUCGAUUCAGCAUAAGUGAAAUUCUGAGACGGAUUGCCAACAGUGUGAUUUGUGAUAUCAGAUAUUUACACCACAAUACGAAUGAUUCGCGGAAUAGCUACAGUUUAAAUUUUGCCUUGUCUGGUGUCUCGAAAGGAGUAUAAUUAACAGCAAGAAUGUUUUAUUUGGAUUACAUAAAUGAGGAGGAUCGCAAUUAAUGUUCACAAGUGGCAUUAUCGUCUCUCGACGUGCUCUGGCCCUCGUUAUCGCAUCCUUCAGAACAACUUAACCUCGAACAAAAUAUGUUUCCACCGAAGGAUCUAGGGAAAACGGAUUAUAUUAGUUUAAAUAUCCAAGAAAGUGCAACAUUUGCGCGAGGAACAUCACGCAGUCUUUGGAGGCAAUGGAACCAGUUAUCGAGGUUUCAAAGAAAUAUCCUUUACUUUGUAGUCAUUACGAUUAUAUUAGUUAUAUUUUAUCUGUUGCCUGGCGAUAAUAAAAAUGGAGUUUUAGAUGAAAACGACUACAAUAACAUAGAGGUAGUACAAGAUACUUUUAAGUAUGCAAAGGCAAUAGAAGAUAUAGUAGUAGAUAAUGUAAAUCAAGAACAUAAGGAUGGUGGGGAGGUUAUAGAGGAACCUGAGUUCCAACCAGAAAUAAACCAAGUGGACGAUGAUCAAAUUGGAGAGCCACCUCAACCCAGACCAAACCCAAUUAAAUUCAAUGGUCCACAGAAUAGUAGGCAAAGAGCCAUAGUUGCUGCAUUUAAGCACUCAUGGAAUGGAUACAAAGAAUAUGCUUGGGGCCAUGACAAUGUAAAGCCAAUAUCCAGAAAACAUUCUGAUUGGUUUGGUUUAGGACUCACAAUAGUCGAUUCCCUUGACACUAUGUAUAUAAUGGGAUUAAAUAAUGAAUUUUCAGAAGCCAAAGCAUGGGUCGAUAAGAGUUUAGUGUUUACUCUAAAUAGGGAUGUUAAUUUAUUUGAAGUUACAAUAAGGGUAUUAGGGGGUCUGUUAUCGGCAUAUCAUCUUUCCGGAGAUAAGAUUUUUCUAAAUAAAGCUGCACAAUUAGGGGAUCGUAUGAUGCCAGCAUUUUCUACUUCAUCUGGUGUCCCUUACUCUGAUGUCAAUCUUGGCACCAAAACUGCACAUAGUCCUAAGUGGGGUCCCGAUAGUAGCACUAGCGAAAUCACUUCUAUUCAAUUAGAAUUUCGAGAUCUUAGUCGUAGUACAGGUGAACCUAAAUACGAGGAAGCAGUAGCAAAAGUCUCAGAACAUGUACAUCAGUUAGAGAAAUACGACGGUUUAGUACCCAUUUUCAUUAACGCUAACACUGGACAGUUUAGAGAGUAUGCAACAAUUACGCUUGGCGCACGUGGCGAUAGUUAUUACGAAUAUCUAUUGAAACAGUGGCUUCAAACUGGGAAGACCAUUAAUUAUUUGCGAGACGAUUAUCUGUUAGGCAUUUCUGGAACCCAAAAACACCUUGUGAAGCGAACAGCGAACAAUAAAUAUAUUUUUAUCGCGGAACUAGUUGGAGCAAAUAAAGAAAUAAGACCAAAAAUGGACCAUCUUACAUGUUACUUAGGCGGCACAUUAGCUUUAGGUGCGCAUCAUGGCUUGCCGUCCGAUCAUAUGGAUCUUGCAAACGAAAUCGUUAAGACUUGUUAUCAGACGUAUGCAAUUCAACCGACAUUUCUAGCGCCCGAAAUUACCUACUUUAAUAUCCAGAAUGUGGAAGGAGAGAAAUCAUUGGAUAUGUAUGUAAAAAUGAAUGACGCGCAUAAUCUAUUAAGGCCAGAAUUCAUCGAAAGUCUGUUUUAUAUGUGGUAUUUUACUGGAAAUAAAACAUUUCAAGACUGGGGAUGGCAAAUAUUUCAAGCCUUUGAAAAUUAUACAAAAGUGGAGAAAGGUUACACGAGUAUUGGUAAUGUACGAAAUGUUCAGAAUACCCGACAACAAGACUUAACAGAAAGUUUUUGGUUUGCUGAAACUUUAAAAUACUUGUAUUUAUUAUUCGAUGAUACAAGGCAGUUAGUAGAUCUGGAUAGAUGGAUAUUUAAUUCCGAAGGACAUCCAUUACCCGUAUAUGAAUCGUAACCCGAUAUGCUUGUUACAAUAUCUGCACUGUUAGUGAGCUAUUAAAUAUCUUUUGAGGCCAGUCGAUAGAUACCAUAACGGCAUACGGUUAUAACAAAUUAGUUGGAUUGAAACAGUCUUUUAUUGGGUCUUUUGGGUUCUAGAGUGCAGAUAUUCUAAUUUUGUUGGAAAAACUGUUCAUUGCUAUUAGCAUAUAUGUAAUAUAUGGCUAUUAAUAUUAACGAAAGAGGUACAGAAUUUAUUCACAGUGCUAGCAAUUAAUUAUAAUCAAUUUUUUUACUCGUUUUCUAAUUUAGAAAUGUAUAUUUUUAAGUGAUUAUUAUAGUUGAUCCCGUGGCAAAUAAAUUGAUACAAUUAAUAUAUACCGUAUUGUAGAUCAAAUUUGUGAAAAGUGUAUCAAAAUCGUCGAGUAUAAUGCUGUAAAAUAGAAAAGUAAUUUAUCUGUUGCGUUUUAUACUUCUAUCUUUUUUUGAUUUAUUUGUAGCCUAAUAUACAUACCAAUUCCUUUUAAAAAGUAGAAGAUUGUAUACAUAUCAGUUUAAAAAUUACUGUAACCUUGAAACGAAGUUACUUAAAAAACUAUUUUCAAAGAUCCUAGUCAAACCUGAAUCAUAUUCAUUUUUUUGUAUUAAUAGGUGUUGUAAUAUUUAAUUAAUGUAGCUGAGAUAUAUUUUCAUAAUAUCGCAUAUCCAUAAUAAAAUAAGUUGCGACUUCUCUGAGGUACAUGAACAUAAUACGUGAGAAUAAAAAACCAAUUAAUUUAUUA